CACUGAAGCUGCGGCCGCCACGGGGGGAAGACCGCGUUGCCGAGGUCUCCUUCAGUCUUCGUCUGAUCUGCUUCUGAACACUUAAUUUUGUUGGUUUUCGGUAGUUAUAAUCUAUGGAAUAAAUCUUACCCCGGGAUUCUGUCGUCGAAGCCUGUGAAGACAGCUUGUGCAACUUAAACUUUCAUCGCAAAAGUACACACAGGGAGGUCGUCGCGAGGAGCUUGAGUAGCUAGAUCUAUUAUAGCUUUGAGGAGAAAAGACAUCUUUUAACCAUCGCUUCUUGCAGCAAUUGAAGAGAGCUGACGGCGAGAGGCCAUUCCCACUGGGCACUCGGCCAACCAGACAGGACUGACUUCUGACGGCGCUGAACACCGAGCGAGGAACAGCAUGUGUCAAGUCCCCGUCGGAAAUUCUAAGGGGGAGGAGGAGCGGCGCGGGUGUGAAGGAGAGGAGAGGAGCGAGGUCAGCUCGACCACCACCGCCACGAGCCGUCCCGACGAGAAGACGAGCAGCGAGGAGCAGGAGACGCUGCUGGAGCAGAAGAGAAAUAGCCAAGAGGAUGAGCAGCCCGGCACCAAGGAGGACGCACAGGCACGGCUGAACUGGGCGAACAAGCUGCAGUUUGUGCUGGCGUGCAUUGGCUAUUCUGUUGGACUGGGUAACCUCUGGAGGUUCCCUUACCUGUGCUAUAAGAGCGGUGGAGGUGCAUUUCUAAUCCCCUACUUCACGAUGCUGUUCGUGUGUGGCAUCCCCCUGCUGCUCAUGGAGCUGACGGUGGGCCAGUUCACGCGCAGGGGCCCCGUGGGAGCCCUCGCCAAACUCUGCCCCUUGCUGAAAGGAGCUGGAGUAGGAACCGUCGUGAUGUCUUUCCUGGUGGGGACUUACUACAACAUCAUCAUGGCGUGGUCCAUCUUCUACAUGAUCCAGUCCUUCACUAAUGAUCUGCCGUGGAAGGACUGCAACGCCACCUGGACCGUCGCUUGCUUUGACGAUUAUGGCGCCAACGUCACAGCGCCCAACGAUAGCAAGUCGGCCACGGAGGAAUAUUUUGACGAAGUCGUUCUGCAGCGGAGUGCGGGCGUAGAGGAGGCGGGCUCGAUCAGGUGGGAGCUGGCGCUGGCGCUCGUGGCCGCCUGGGUCCUCGUCUACUUUUGCAUCUGGAAGUCCAUCAAGUCGUCUGGAAAGGUUGUGUACGUGACGGCGACCGUUCCGUACCUUCUGCUGGGCGCCUUCCUCUGGCGGGCGCUGACACUGCCGGGAGCAAGCAAUGGGCUCCAGUACUUCUUUGAACCUCGAUGGGAGCUGCUUAUGGAUGCCCAGGUGUGGGUCAACGCUGCUGCUCAGAAUUUCAACAGCAUCGGCAUUGCUUUCGGAUCGCUAAUAGCAUUUGCUUCCUACAAUAAGCUUGACAACAACAUCGUCCUGGACACGUGGGCCAUCUGCCUCACCAACUCGUUCACGUCCAUUUUGUCUGGGAUGAUCGUGUUCUCGACCCUCGGGAACAUUGCUCUGGAACAAGGCAAAGAUAUUGACGAUGUUGUCGCCCAAGGUCCAGGUCUGGUGUUCACGGUGUACCCUCAGGCGCUCGCCAAGAUGCCGUACGCAGCGGCGUGGUCCGUCCUCUUCUUCUUCAUGCUGCUUAUCUUCGGCCUGGACUCGCAGUUUUCCAACGUUGAGGUUAUCAUUACUUCCCUUCAAGAUGAGUUUCCGAAGUGGAUCAAGAAGCACCUGAAGCGCCACGAGUUUCUCGUCAUGCUCGUGUGCUUCAUCUCCUUCCUCUGUGGGCUUCCGAACAUAACGGAGGGAGGCAUCUACUUUUUCCAGCUAAUCGACCACUUCGCAGCGUCCGUUUCGCUCAUGUACGUGGCCUUUUUCGAAGUGAUAGCCGUGGUGUGGAUUUACGGCGCCGGGAGACUGGCCGCGAACCUGAAGGAAAUGACCGGGAAGCUGCCGUCAUUUUACUUCCGGUGCUGUUGGUACUUUGCUGCUCCUGUGCUCAUUUUUGCAAUCUGGAUAUUUUCCCUUGUAGACUACAAGAACCCAACCUACGACAAUGGCAAGUACAAGUACCCAGACUGGGCGAUUGGCGUCGGGUGGGUCAUUGCGUCCCUGUCCAUUCUCCCGACUCCAGUCCUCGCCGUGGUGGAAAUAACGAGGGCUAAAGGUUCUACCUUGUGGGAGAAAAUUGGGAAUGCCAUACGUCCUAAAAUAGAGCAGUGCUCCUGCUGUGCAAGAACCCACAACUGCCCGAACGGUUAUUUUUAAAAGAACUGCUGCGUGAACAACAAAUGAAGCUAGUUGCAUGUGAUAACCCUUUGUCUGAAGACGGACUAACUGCGGCUUCAAAUCAGGAGAACGGAAUACAUCCAACAGAAACUUAUGACAGAUUAGCGUGAGACAUAAAACAAUGACAGCAAUCGAUAUUACCAUCACUUGUUUGUCCCUAAUUAGCACGCGGGUCGAGGAGCUGAACCAAUUGUAAGUGAUUAAGCGAUGAUCUACAUAAAUCUUUCGGUGCUGGGAAAUGUCCUCUAAUGAAUCAGCAUUCAAGGGCUAUUCAUAUUUUGCGCUGUGCUGGAAAAUGUAACUGCAGUGCUCAUACGUGAAUUAGAAUUCCUUUGUAUAGAUAUUUUUGCAGUAACAUAAGUUUACAAGGAUUAGAUAUUGCAACUUUCUAUAUUUCUAUUGCAGUGCAAUGUAUUGCCAAACGAAGAACAAUAAUUUUAUCACUACUGACCUUUCCUUUGAGGCAAAGAUCGGAAUCACUUUGGUUUCACAAACAAGUACGGUGUCCUUGGGACUGCUGGCCAGAAUUACUGUCUUCUUUCCUGUGGUCUUUCAGCCAGUCUUUUGCAAUUAAUUUCCAACGUUGUUACAGUAGAUUCCAGGCAUAGUUUAUUGUUUUCGGUGUUGUGAUGUCAUAUUUGACAUGCAUAUUUAAUGCAUGUUUCUGACCCAAUAGUGUCUGAUUGCAUACAGCUUGGAUAACUUAUUUACUUUGCUAAGUGGCAUCCCUUCUUUCAGUGGUGCUUCCCCGUUUCACAACUUGUCAGGUGCUAUUGUGAAAUUGAUUCCGUCUCAGUAUCAACCGGCCCCCCAGUGAAUUACUUCAGGUGCCUGUUGUUGUGAAAGGGGGUCAUAGGUUUAUCCAGGAAGAAGUGUAAGGGUUAACAGGGAAGGAAGUGGGAUGAUGUAGAUGAAGCUGGGGGAAUGGGAUGUGUUGGGAAGGAGUGUGAGGCAGGGGCGUACAGGAAACCUGAGUAGGAUGGAUGUCGGCAGUCACUUUGAGUGAAGUGGGAAUGGGUGCAGAGAGAUAGGAGGAUGGAUGUGUAGGUAUGCCAUCUUGGUUCACAAUUAGCCAGUUUCUGAAGUGGAAUUGGGGAGGUCUGAGAAACGAAGGUCUUUUCCUGAAGAGAAGAAGAUGGGACAGACGUUUGUGGGUGGCGGAAGAAAUUGAUGUAGGAGAGCAUACAGUAAGAGAAGAUGGGGUGGAAAGUUUAGCUUGUUCCAUGUGAUGAGUCGAAUGAAGAAGGAGUGGUGUAGGUAUGGGGGAGUAGAGAUUGGAGUGUUUCGAUUUAGAAUAGCAGUAGAGAUUGGGGUGUCUGGAUAUAGAAUGACAAAAGAAUUUGACUGGGAGAGGGAGGAGGGUAGAAAUGUGAUGUGGAAGAGGUAAUGGGGGUGUGCAGAACAACAUUGGAGUAUGGGUUAAGAUAUGGAGUAGUGAUUAAGAGCAAAACAAAGUGAGACCAAGUUUGAAUCUGAGAAUUGCCACCUCAGACUCAAACUCAUUUAUAGGGCAGCCCCUAGUAAAUACAUUAUGGGAUCCACCACAAUUGGUACAUGUGUGUAUUUGUGCAGAGCAGUUUGGUCAUUCAUGACCAGGAUAGGCACACGGGUCAUCGAGCUGUGUUUGGGAGGGUGGCCUAGACAUCAAUAAAUUUGACCAUGAUGGUGGAGAGGAUGAUAUGGUUGGACAGGAGGAACUCUCCGCAAAUAUGGUCAUUUCUAUGGAAAGUAAUCUUGGUAAUAGUGGUGGAGGAUUUAUGAGGGCCUCUAGGGUAUUGGAGAUAGUUCCAGCACAAGUAUUGAGUGAGGGAUGAGGCUGGGCAAGAAUGAAUUUACCAGUGAAGUCUGAGUCAGAUGUAACUGUGACAAGACUAAAGCAAUCUGGGUGGCUGCAGAAGAAAACUUGUUUUUGGAGGCAUUACUCUAAGAGGAAUGUGUUGCCAGAGUAAGGUAAAGGGGAUCCCCCAAAAAUUGAUUCCAUUAGGCUGGGCUAAACAAAGUACUCUAAAGGUUUUGUAGAUGUGGGGGUAUUAGAAGGACUGGGUCUUGUGGAGGAGCCUGGGGUCAGGGAACCAAGGGAAUUCAAAUCAGUGGACCCUAAUAAAGGUACAAAAUCUUCAUUACUGGCUAUCGUAAGCCUGAAGUAUAUUGGAGGGAGAAAUGAUUCACCCCUCAAGGUCCUUGAGGGAUAAAGACUAGACAUCUAAAUGGGAAUACCAUGCCCAUGGCUCCCUUUAGCCAUUCAUGACUAGCACAAAGUCAGCCUUUCAUCCUUUCAACACAGUUCUUACACCAUAGGAAGUGGAUAGCAGAAAGGGUUCCAGAUGAGAGGGAAAAGGAAAGGGGAAGAAGAGAAUUCUGUGCAAAAUUAGUUGAGUCAAGGGCUGAGAUCCAAAGCAGAGGAGAUCCCCAGCAUUGGGUCCCAGUCUCCAUCUUUGAAGCCAACACAGCAACAACGGGCAUGGUAUUAUUUUUUGAAAAUACAGUUGCUUGCUUCUUUUCACAAGGUAAAUUAUAUGAAAGAAACUAAUUUCUGAAAUAGGACUAGGAGACCUUCAACACAACCAUUUUUCCUUCAUAUUACAACUAAGUUUUGAAAGAAAAAUGCUUUAGUUCGGAUUUGUGGCCUUGAUGCUCAACCUGAAUUUCAAAAUAUUCUCACUAUAAAUCGUUUAUGAAGUAUUUUUCUUCACAGACUAGUGAUUCUUUGCAUAUGAAUCAGUUUACUAAAAAUACUUUGUAAUAAUAAGAUAUGCUUUUAUACCAUAUUUUUUCUUAGCUUUAUAUGUACAGUGAUACAGUGAAUUUCAUAAAACUCAUGUCUGCCAAUAUCAGCCAAUAUUUGUUAAUAGAGGAUAAUUGACCUCACAAAGUUUUCGGUUUUGCCUUUAAAAUGUACUUUUGCUCCUCUAUUUAUAUCCUAGAAGAUUAGUAUUAUUGCAUUUUCAAAGCCACCCAAUCCAACCUUCCAGAAAUUAACAUUUUCUGAGAGGGAAUACCAAUACUGUCCAUAUAGAUACCUUAAGUAUUUAGAAUCAGUCAAAUACCAGACAAGAGGGUCAGUAUUUUGGAUAAAUAGUGCUGCCAUAUGGUGAGUACCAGACCUAGGCCGUGAUUUUUUAUUCUCUAGCAAAUAAU